GAGCACCUCCCCUUCCAGAAAAAGUGCUUCUCCCUCUGCUGGAUGGCCAGUCCCUCAACACGAUCACUCUGCAUAAUCUACAUUGCACAAAUAUCAAGGAGAGUUAUAAUCACCCAGAGCCUGAUCUAGCAGAUCCGGCUUCUUCUCAGUUGCUACCUUCUCCACCUGCUCCUUUUAUCAGCUUCCAGUCACCUCCCAGUUCCUGCAAGAUACAUGGGGGCUAAAGGACCUUGGAUCCAGUUCCAGAAACUCCUAAGCUCCUGGCUGGUCAGAGAGCAAGACAGUGACCAGCAGCUGGAUGAGGCCUACAUGCUGCAGCAGAAGAGGAUACUGGAGUCUCCACUGCUUCAGGCAGCCAAGGAAAAUGACCUGUGUACCCUUAAGAGACUUCUGCAGGAUCAACGCUGUGACUUUCGACAAAAAGGAGCCCUGGGAGAGAUGGCGCUGCACGUAGCAGCCCUUUAUGACAACCUGGAGGCUGCUACACUGCUGAUGGAGGCCGCCCCUAGCUUGGUCAUGGAGCCCACCCUGUGUGAGCCAUUUGUAGGUCAGACUGCCCUGCACAUCGCUGUCAUGAACCAGAAUGUGAACCUGGUGCGUGCACUGCUCUCCCAUGGGGCCAGCGUCUCUGCAAGGGCUACAGGCCUUGCCUUCCAACAUAACCCCCAUAACCUUAUCUACUAUGGGGAGCACCCUCUGUCUUUUGCAGCCUGUGUGGGCAGUGAGGAGAUCGUGCGACUGCUCAUAGAGCACGGAGCUGAUAUCCGGGCCCAGGACUCCCUGGGGAACACAGUGCUGCACAUCCUCAUCCUGCAGCCCAACAAAACCUUCGCCUGCCAAAUGUACAACCUGCUGCUGUCCUAUGAUGGAGGGGACCACCUUCAGUCUCUGGAGCUCAUUCCCAACCACCAGGGCCUCACCCCCUUCAAGAUGGCUGGAGUGGAGGGCAAUACCGUGAUGUUCCAACACCUGAUGCAGAAGCGGAAGCGCAUUCAGUGGUCAUGUGGGCCCCUAACAUCCACUCUCUAUGACCUCACGGAGAUCGACUCCUGGGGAGAGGAGCUGUCCUUUCUAGAGCUUGUGGUCUCUUCUAAGAAGCGAGAGGCUCGCCAGAUCCUAGAACAGACCCCAGUGAAAGAGCUGGUGAACUUGAAGUGGAGGAAAUACGGACGGCCCUAUUUCUGCAUCCUGGGUACCUUGUACAUCCUCUACAUGAUCUGCUUCACCAUGUGCUGUGUCUAUCGCCCCCUCAAAUUCCGAGCUGACAACCGCACACAUUCUCGAGAUAACACCAUCCUCCAACAGAAACUACUGCAGGAGGCAUAUGUGACUUACCAGGACUACAUACGGUUGUCAGGGGAGUUAGUGUCUGUCACUGGAGCUGUGAUUAUCCUGCUUGUAGAGAUCCCAGACAUACUCAGGGUGGGUGCGUCUCGAUAUUUUGGACAGACGGUCCUUGGGGGCCCAUUCCAUGUCAUCAUCAUCAGCUAUGCCUCUCUUGUGCUGGUGACCAUGGCAAUGCGGCUCACCAAUGUGCAGGGGGAGGUGGUGCCCCUGUCCUUCGCCCUGGUGCUGGGUUGGUGCAGUGUCAUGUACUUUGCUCGAGGACUCCAGAUGCUGGGCCCCUUCACCAUUAUGAUCCAGAAGAUGAUUUUUGGAGACCUAAUGCGUUUCUGUUGGCUGAUGGCUACGGUCAUCCUGGGAUUUGCCUCAGCAUUCUUUAUCAUCUUCCAGACAGAGGAUCCAUCCAGUCUGGGGGAGUUCUCUAACUAUCCCACAGCACUGUUCAGCACCUUUGAGCUCUUCCUCACCAUCAUCGAUGGCCCUGCCAACUACAGCGUUGAUCUGCCCUUCAUGUACAGCAUCACCUAUGCUACCUUUGCUAUCAUUGCCACGUUGCUCAUGCUCAAUCUGUUCAUCGCCAUGAUGGGCGACACCCACUGGCGAGUGGCCCAGGAGCGAGAUGAGCUCUGGAGGGCCCAGGUCGUAGCCACCACAGUACUACUAGAAAGGAAGAUGCCCCGCUUCCUGUGGCCCCGCUCAGGGAUCUGUGGAUGUGAUUAUGGCCUGGGGGACCGAUGGUUCUUGCGGGUUGAAACCCACCAUGAUCAGAAUCCUUUGCGAGUGCUUCGCUAUGUGGAAGCUUUCAAAAACUCAGAGAAGGAAGAGGAGCAAGAGCAGCUUUCAGAGAAACAGCUCUCUGCAAAUGGGAGUGAGGCUCUGAGAAGACCCUCCCUGGCCCCCCAGGCCUCCUCUCUAUCCAGGAACACAUCCCACAGCAGCAGCAGUCACUGGGGCUGGGAGAUUGUUCGUCGAAACACACUGGGACACUUGAAUCUGGGACACUUGAAUCUUGGAUUAGAUGUUGGUGAGGGGGAUGGAGAAGAGGUGUUCAAUUUCUAAUUUGGAUCUUUGUUACUCAUGGUCUGAAUCAAGGUGGCCUGUGGUGAGACAGAGAAGGAGAUGCUUGCUUAUCCAAUUAUCUAGCUUUCAUGCCUUGCAAUCAUGUAACAGUAUAUCCAGAGUAAUUCCUGACAAGUCUUAUCUCACCCUUCCCAUCCAUAUCUCUGGAGAGAGAAAAUGGUCAUGUAGCAGCAUAUAUCAUACAGGAUCUUGAACAUCUUCUAUCUUAAGAAAUUUAUGUUAAAGAGGGUAAAACAAAACAGAACAGAACAGAACGAAGCAGAUCAGAAGAAAAUGCAAGUGACAUAGGAUUUCAAGGCAAGACAACAGGAGAUCAACACGUUGUCCAAAAAGAUACUUGCUUGUCUCUUGUAAGCAGGUAUCUUUUUGAACAAACAUGACCUUGGCAAAUAACCCAUAAGGAAAGGAAAGUAGAUCAAUGUCCGAACAUCUCUCUUCUGACCCAGGCAGGCACUGGAAGGUAGUAAUCUGUGGGACCUGUCUGAUUCCCAAGGACUUAAUAUAUAAGAAGGAUCAAGCAUGGCAUAGAGGUUGUAGUCUUUCUUAUUUCCCUAAACUCAUUAGGACUCUGUCCCUAUCUAGCAACCAAAGCAACUAGAAAAUUACAAGAAAAGUUCUUUAUCCUUGCUUCCUUUGCAUUUUCUCUUUUGUGGUAAAAUAUACGAAUUAAAAUCUACCAUUUUAAUCUUUUGUAGAUGUAUGAUUGUGUGGUAUAAAAUACAUUUUCAGUUACACAAUUUCAGUUCAGUUACACUGUACAGAAUUUUUCAUUAUCACAGACUAAAAGUUAUACCUGUGAAGCAAUAAUUUCCCACUGUUUCUCUUUCAAGUCUCCAAUAACGGUGUAUCCAACAUCGUUCUAUGAACUGUACUUCUCUGUGUACUCCAUGUGUCUACCACAGUCCAAUGUGCCUACCUUUUUUUAAAACAUUAUCAAGGUUUUGACCUUCUGUAGUGGGAUCAGAGUUUCAUUUCUUUUUAAUAGAAAA